AUGCAGGCCCGCCAGCAUCGCGCCAGGUUUAUUCGUUUUAUCUUGGACGAGGUCACCCAGGAUCCAGAGGUCCUUGUCGGUGUUGGCGUUAACGAAUGGAUUGAUGAGGAACUUGCAUGGUCUAUCGAAGACGCUCUCGAUGGCCGUGAGAGGUCUAGUCAAGGAGGAUGGCUUGUUGGUAUUCGAAGAGCAAGGGACUCACUUGAAUACUCAAUCUCCGAUGAUGGUGGCAACGAUUCGAAUGAUGAGAAGGUUAUGAAGAUCCACCAACUUCGUGAACUCGCUGCACAUCAAUUACCCCCUACACCAUUACCGACAUCCAAACAUCUACUGCUCUCCUUUGCGCCAGUGGGCUCCCGCGUUACUUUUCCAGAGGAAGACACUGGAUUUGACAUCAUACCUUCGCAAAUAUGA